UUGUUGUUUUAUGCAGCUUGAGCAGUUUCUUUGUGUUUGUGUUGUACAGAGAGAAAGAAAUCUUGCUCAGUGCAACGUUGUUUAACAAUGGCUCGAAAGGAAUUCUUGGGAAGCUUUAUUUGCCUUCUCCUCGUUACUUUCUUUAUCUCCUCCUCCUUAGGAGAUGGCAAUGAGCGCAAACUGGCUGGAUCAUGUACGUGCAGUAAUGAUAAUAUAUACAUUGUACAGGGUCAAGAGUAUAAUCCAGGGAUUCCCACAUUCACUGUGACAAUAAUCAACACAUGCAAAUCUAACUGUAAGCCACGAAACAUUCAUCUAUAUUGUGGGUGGUUUGCAUCGUGGGACUGGGUGGAUCCUAAGGAUUUCAGACGCAUUUCUUAUGAUGACUGCCUCGUCAAUUAUGGAAGACCUAUGGCGCCAUUUGAUACCAUUUAUUUUACAUACACAAAUACCUAUAUGUACCAUUUGAGCGUUAAGUCUGUCGAGUUCGUUUAGUCUGAUUGCCUCCAUGUUUAGUGCCCCCUGCGAGUGGGAUUGGAGAUUUUGCUUUGUCUUACUGGUUUAAAAAUAAGUAGGGAUUAUUCUGUUUUACCGAGAUAGGUCAAAAAUCUAGAAGUUUUGUUUCAAAUUCUAUGUAACCAUUGGAUUCAGCGGGCGGCUUUCAUUUUUGAGUAUGUGUAAUGGGAGGGUAUUUCAUUGUUGAGUUGAGUAUGUGUAAUGGGAGGGUAAUUAAAGUGUUUUUAGAGGAAGGACAACUGAGGCAGUGAUGGACAACUGUUGUAACGUGUUAAUGCAAUACAAUUUUUGAAAAUAUAUCGAA